UACGAGUCGUCGUCGUCAUCGCCGGAAGAUGCCGUCGGGGAAAUAUUACUGUGAUUAUUGCGAGAAAGAGUUUCAAGACACUCAAGUCGCUAGAAAACGCCAUCUUCAAAGCAAACCUCAUCUUCGAGCUAAAGCCCUUUGGUACAGUUCUUCUUCCUCAGAUCUUGUUAAUCCACAAGUCUCCAAUUUUGCGACGAAAGGUCUCUGCAAUCGAUUCAUUACCUCGGUACGUCGGAUUGAUUUUGUUUCGCUAUGUUCAUCAUUCCUAGCAAUCUCUGGAUGUAAUUUUUGCCCAUUUGGAGAUUCUUGCAGAUACUUCCAUCCUAACAACAAUACAGGAAGCACAGGAUUCACAAAUAAUACACAACUUCGUGUUGACAUGCUUAACCAACAACACAUCCAAGGAAGUACUUUAAACCGUGAUUUUGUUAGUGGGAGACCAGGAACAGGUUGGUUUGAUCUUCCGCCAUCGCUAAAACCGCCUCCUGAGCAAGGCUAUCCUCAGCUUCCCUUCAUAGACUGGGGAUAGAUAUAAAUUCUCUGAAUAAUGCUCAGUUUCAACAUUGAUGAUUCUACUUGAAAGGAAAAGACUAAUCUUUGUCUCGUUGUGCUCUGCCAUUACCAAGCUUUUAGCCACAAGCUUGUCUCUUUUCAGACUCGAGGUUGGAAGAAUGUCAACCAAAUUGUCGUCUUGUUACUCAAUUUGUCGUCAACUUUAGAGACAUUGUUCGGAGUUUGGACAUGGCAAAUUUGCAAUUUAACAUACUGUGCGAUAUUCUGAUAAAAUUCUUUAAAUUUC